CAGUGAGACACAAUGGAUCAUGUGCAAGCUGAAGCCCCUGGUGUGACGCUCAAACCCAUGUCUGACAGUUUGGAUGAGGUGCUGGACGAUUCAGUGAAAACUGAAACUGCAUUAAGCCGGGUCGUACCAGCCUGUUGCGUGAUACUGAAAUGCAUUGGCCGUCGCAAGGCAAAGUAUUCACAAGGUUUACUUGAAUUGCAAUAGGACAUGAGAUUUCCCCGCUGAUCACCCUGUCUGUGAGCACAGUGAUGUCUGGGUCUUGCGUCCGGCCCCUUUAGGGGGGUAGCUGUGCUCGUCUGAAUGAGCUCAAUCCCAGACGGCAGGGACCUCUGGGAGUUCCCCCUUUCAGAACUCUGCAGGCUGUUCUGUUCCUUCACGCAUCGCUAAACGCAUAAUCACUACAAAAUCUAACAAUUUAGAGCACAUGUAGUAUGCAAAUUGCUGUCCUUGUCCACAACCUUAUAUAGGUAAAACCUGUUUCCUUCUACAUACAAGAAUAACAGAACAUUAGCACUAUCAAUAGCGGUUCAGUCAUAAGCUAUAAUCUUAAUGCUGAUACAGGACAAACUUGUUUUGACCCACGAUAUAAAAUAAAUGUCCUGAGAUUUGAACAACGGUCUUUACAGAUGCUUCAGGAUCUAAAUAAAGCAUACAUACACGCUGUUGAAAAUCAUAGCCAAAAUCAUUUACAAAAAAAAAAAAUUGAACAAAAAAGAACAUUCGACUCUGAUGGAGGCUUUAUCAGCACCUGAAAGUAAAGGCAGCAGGAGAAUAAUGGACAUUCGUCCGUUCGACGUUACGCGAGCUGCAGGAGUUGUAUGUGGGCUAAGUGUAAAAAUCCGUUUAAUAUUAUUUUUAUUAGAACUAUUUCCUAUGAUGCACCUGGCAGGUCGUCAGAAACUUCUGCUGGCCGAAUACUAAAAUAUCAAAUCACACACUAAUUGAGCGCAUAGGCUACGCUAAAACUGAAAAAGAAACUAUCACUUUAAGGAGCUUGGCACUACUACAGGUAAAACAGAGUUCCAAAGAUUUCAAUACACGGAAAGGGAAAUAUACCCUCGCGUAGGCUAUUAAGACGUAAAGAUGUAUCUUGGUUUUUUUCACCCGAAAUUAUUAUAGCCUACUAUUAUAAUUCUCGACGUCAUAACACGGAUGCUUACAGAUACAGCUUUGGUUUAAGUCCGUCAUGGUGGGCAUGUCAUUUCUCACGCGGAGCUCCUCCCCUGUUGCCGGAGCUCUGCACACUUUUCCCCCAAACCUUAUCAGCUUUGCAGAGCUCCUGCUGCAAGAGGGCUCCUCGUGGUGGAAUCUGUGGCUGAUGGAGCGGUGUCCAGCAGAUAUGUACGCAACUAGAAUCUGAAUUAGCAAAUGGUCAACUAGUUUCGGUGAGGAUAUUUGCUGCGGGCACGCAGGUCUGUGGAAGAUUGGCCACAGGACACUCCCAGAGGAAACCUCCUGAGGUCAGGUGACCAGGUAGCUGUGAUUACACCAUGUCAGAGGUCCUCCUGCCCAGUGGAACCUGGCAGUGAUUAGCGCUGAAGAGGAAGAUGUCUGCGUGCGGCGAAUUUGCUGACCACUUGUGGAAACCAGGCUCCUGCAAGAACUGCUUCCACCCCAGCAGUGCCCACCGUUCCAAUGGUGGUUUGGUCCAAGCCAAGGCCCGUGCAGACGCAGAUGAGGAUAACUGUGUGAACCUCUCCACCUCCUACUCAAAACCCACCAUCGCUGUCAGGCCCACUGUGAUGAACCCGGACACGUCAGACAUGUUGACGGAUGUCAACAUGAACACUGAACAGGAUAACCAGAAGUACGUAAUGGACAAGCUCAGCCUGAUGGAGAUGCUGGAACUUUCUCCCUUCUAUAGAGGCAAAAACGGCUGCAGCAGGUCGCUGAGAGAGGUUGUUAUGCAAAACGCCGCCUCAGGGAAAGUGGACUACUUUUGCAGGUUCUCCUGUGAUUCUCUGUCCUGCUCAGCCCACCAGCCCGAGACGCGGUUUGUCAGCAGCGUCCCGGUGGAAGGACAGGGGCCCCUGGCUCUGAGGGAGUGUGGUGCCAGCGCUGCAUCCAGACCUCAGGUCACUGAUCCUGUGAAGAGCAGCAGCCCCACCAGGGCUUCUGUACAGGAGCCUGAGAGAACAGCGCCCUCCUCUGGAAGCUGUGAGGAACACAGGGGCAUCGUUUCAGACGGGCUGGCUGACGGACUGGCAGCACAGAAGCAGCAGGCUGCCCUGGCCAAUGCCAUGGACAUUGUUGCCACUGCCCCCACCAGCCCUGUCCAGUCCAGGAACACGGAGCCCCCAGAUGCUUCCGGCAGUUUCUCCCUGGGCUGUGUGCCACUGGGGAGUCCAGAUCACAGCUGCAGCUGUGGCAGCUCCCUGGGUGAGCUGCCUGGGGCACCAGGCCCCUGCUCCUGCCCCCGCUCCUGCCCCAGCCCUAUGGAAUCAUCCAGCUGCUCCACAGGGCAGUCCUGGCCCCAAACAGUGCUCAUUUUACCCAGCAUGCCCUCAGACAGCGAGAGCAUCACACUGCGUUCUGAGCCCAUAUAUGCGGAGAGCACCAAGCGCAAGAAGAAGGCCACUGUGGGGAGCCCUUCCCAGCAGCACUCUGCUCUGGAGGGGGCGCUGGCUGUGGACCUCCAGGGCCCCAGAAAUCACAGCAUGACUGGCAACACAGGAGGGCCAGGAGGGAUUCUUUACCUGGCACGUUCAGGUUCAGCUGUAAGAUUGCUGUGUCCACACUUAAGCUCCGCCUCCUGCAAAGACUCUGGGUGUUCCACCUUCCAGUGUUGCCAUACCAGCACAGAGACCAACACAGGUCCUCUCAAGUGUAGGCCUCAAGUCAGCCCUCCCAUUCCCCCCAAGAGGAGCUCUUCUUCUCCAAAAUUUGAGCCUGCAUGCCUCUCUCCUUCACCCCACCCGGAGGUGCAUUCAUACCCCAGCCCCCCCACGCAGCAGCUCUGCCUGUCCCAAGCCUGGAACAGAGACAUGGGGGGGGUUCACUCCCCCAUCCCUGCUGGGGAAGCCCUGGAACUGAGGAACGCUCAGAACCCCAAAACUGAGGAGCAAGAAGAGGAGGAAGGGGGAGAGUGUGGAACACCCAGGGCCUCCGACACAGCCUCUGUGUUACAGCCGAAGGAUUGGUGUCCCACAGUGCACUGCAAGGAGAGCACCUCACCCGGCACAGCUCGCAGCGGGGUCAGUCCGCUGGGCCUGGACGGUCACCGAGGGAACAGGUUCACCAGCGGCACUUCCUGUACUGCAGCUCAGUCAGAGGGGAACAGUGGGAGCCACCACGACACCAUGCCACCUCAACCCCCCCCCAGCGACACCAUGCCACCUCAACCCCCCCCCAGCGACACCAUGCCACCUCAACCCCCCCCCAGCGACACCAUGCCACCUCCACCUCCCCCCAAGAAACACCACAGGAUGUCCGGUACGAUGCAGCAGCCCAACGCUGACCUGCAGACGAGAGCCUGGACGGACCAUGUGGAGCACUUCACCCCACCAUUCAGAACCCUGCCCGGAGGCUUCUGCGCCACUUCCUCUGAUGGCCCCGCCUCCUUUCCCAGAAUCCUCUCUGAUGGGGGUGGCCCCUUCUUGCCCAGCCUGUCGGUGUGUCUGACCCCCCCUCUGGUGUGGCCUCUUCCUGACGCGCCCCCCAGCAGCAGUCCAGGCCUGUCCCAGCAGCCCCCUCCUCUUCCUGAGAAGAGGCUGGUGAACCGCUGUGUAUCCGGGUCCAUAACCGGGUUCUUAUUCGGGUCCAUAUCCGGGCCCCGCAGCGAGGGGGGGAGGCGACUGAGCGCCCCAAACCCCCGUUCCCCCCCCAGCUGGUCAGAGGGCGACGUCUCUACGACGACAACCCUGCUGAACCCGCACUCUCCCGCAGAGUUCCAGGAGCAUGCUCAGACGACGCUGAGCCACGCCCUGCCCCCCCGCACGCUGGCCCAGCCACUCGAACAGGGACAUCACCCCUGUAGGGCCGUCACCUCCUGCUCUUCCUCCCCCUCCUCCCCCUCCUGCUCCUCCUGCUCCUCCUCCCCACCCUCACUCAGUGCGCCCCCUGCUGGCUCUGGCCUCCACCUGCAGAUGCUCCUCAGUAACACGGACAGCCGCGAGGGCGUGUACUCCAAAUUGGGCGGUCUGUACGCCGAGUCGCUGCGGCGACUGGCGCUGAAGUGUGAGGAGCACUUCACGCGCAGCCAGAGGAACCCGCUGCGGUUCGACGAGAGCAGCUGGUCGCUGUUCAAGCUCACCUGUAGCACACCCUGCUGCCACGCCGCAGACGCCAUCUACUACUCCGCCUCCUGCUCCUCCGAUCCCCGCAGCCCCUACGCAGUCAAGAUCUGUAGGAGCCCCAGUGAGGAUGCCAAGCAGGGCCACCUGUACGGGCUGUCUGUGCAGCAGAGUUACCCUCCGCACUUCAACCUGCAGCAGGACUGCGGCCAUUUUAUUGCCCGCGUCCCCCACAGCAUGCUGCCCCCGGAGGAGAACCAGCGCCACUGCGAGCAGGAGCGCGUGGUGGUCAUCACCCGCGAGGUGCCCCGCCAGAGCGCCGCCGGGUUCGUCCAGCAGGGGGCAGCCUUUCACCGGAGCCACCCGGAGGUGUACGAGCGGCGCGUCUGCUUCCUGCUGCUGCAGCUCUGCAACGGGCUGGAGCACCUGAAGGAGCACGGCAUUGCCCACGGCAACCUCUGCCUGGAGAACCUGCUGCUGGUGCCCCCCCCACACCAGCCCCCCGGCGGCGGCAACCAGAACCAGCUCCCCCGCCUGCUGGUGAGCGGCUUCGCCAAGGCGCAGCGCCACUCCGCGCCCCACCCCGCCGCCGACCCCCUGCUGACGGACCGCUCGCGCCUGGCCCCCGAGAUCCUGUCCGCCUCCCAGUACCGCAAGUUCGACGAGUUCCAGACAGGCAUCCUGAUCUACGAGCUCUUGCACCAGCCUAACCCGUUCACAGCGAGCCCCGCACUGAAGGGGCGGGACUACCGCUGCGAGGACCUCCCCCCCGUCCCGCACGUGUCCCUGUACUCCGCCGGACUCCAGCGGCUGGCCCACCUGCUGCUGCACCCGGACCCCACCCAGCGCCUCCACAUCCAGGGGGCUCGCCGCGCGCUGCAGAGCCUGCUGUGGGGGCCCCGGGGGGGCCUGCUGGAGCGGGACGGGCCCGGGGACGGCCCCCGCCACGAGGGCCCCCGCCACGAGCGCCUGCUCAGCUGGCUGGACGUCAAGCGGGCGCUGCUGAUGAUGAAGUUCGCCGAGCGGUCCCUGGAGCCCGAGCAGAGUGCUGAGCUGGAGGACUGGCUGUGCUGCCAGUACUUCUCCUCCGCCAACCCGCCAAACCUGUGCCAUACCGCCGAUCUGCUGUAUGCCAACUAACGCACCCAACCCGCCACUAACGCACCCAACCCGCCAACCCGCCCACUAACGCACCCAACCCGCCAACCCGCCAACUAACUCACCCAACCCACCACCUAACGCACCCAACCCACCCACUAACGCACCCAACCCGCCAACCCGCCAACUAACGCACCCAACCCGCCAACUAACUCACCCAACCCGCCAACCCGCCAACUAACGCACCCAACCCGCCAACCCGCCAACUAACGCACCCAACCCGCCACCCAACAACCCGCCAAACCUCUGCCAUACCGCCGAUCUGCUCUACGGCAAAUAACGCACCCAACCUGCCAACUAACUCUCCAAACCCGCCACCUAACGCACCCAACCCGCCAAACCUCUGCCAUACUGCUGAUCUGCUCUACGGCAACUAACGCACCCAACCUGCCAACUAACUCUACAAACCCGCCACCUAUUGCGCCCAACCCACCAACCCGCCAAACCUCUGACACACCGCCAAUCUGCUCUAUGUCGACUAACGCAAUAAUCGUGGGACGCGUUAAUUUCAGUUUUGGCUUGGUGGAAAGACUUAUUUCAUUGAAAAAUGCUAAAUAAAUGAAUCUAAGGCUUCUGUUUAACCUGUUUAAGCUGUGUGCUGUUCUGCCUUUAGCUUCGCGUGCCACAUUUUUAGUUUUGCUCAAUAUUUGUCCUGAACUGUAGUGAACGUGAAAUUCAUAAUGUUAUAUACAAAGCAAUAGCAUAAUGUUAUACACAGAAACAUAGCACUUAUUAACAUUAAGUUAACAUAAAGUUAAGAAAAUGGAAGAACAAAAUGGCAAAGCAAAUUGAUUAAGUUGACCCCAAACUAUUUAAUCAAAAGCAUAUGCAGUAAGUGGUCCUUACUGACAUGAUUUUGGUUAAUUUUUUAAAUGUUUUCAUGAUUUUUAUUAUUUAUUUUUUUAAAAAGGUGCAGUGCCUUUUUUAGUGCCUUAUGUGGCAAUUUGUUAAUUCAUUGCAGAAAUAGUGAGAAAUCCAACUGUAUAUCUAACGUGAUGCCACUGUAAUCUGCAUUAGAACAUUGGGAAUUUAUGAAUUAAGUCAGACCUAUGUGUGGAUAUUUUUUAAACACAAACACUUAUGAAAGCAGGUCUUAAUGCCAUGGAUAAAUUCCAUGUGACAUAUUUAUGAUAACUUACCAGUUGUUCACAGGAGUACCUGUUUUGGUUUAUUUCAGGAUAUUCCGAUGUUUAGGAGCAACUGUAGCCCUGAGUGGAUCAGGUAAUUCCUCUCAAUGGAAAAGGAAUUAAUGGUAUUUUGUCUCUGAUUUGUCGAUGCCCAAAUCUGCACAAAACCUGUCUGAAUGUGUCUCUAAUUUUUAUUUAUGAACUGUAUGUUCUGUGUUACAUGUUUCAUUAAUGGUGAAACUUAACAUGCAUUGUGGCUCAAGAUAUUUCCAUUGCAAAUGCACAUUUGUAUGGAUGUGUAAUAUUAAAAAAUGUUGAACCAAACCUUAUAAUCUUAUAAUCUUAUAAAAUUUAUAGGAGCUGAAAUAAGCUCACUCUUUCAGGCUUGGUCAGCUAUGUAACCAAGUCUCACACUGACGUUCAUUAGUAAUUACAUGUGUGCAAGCUUCACCUGCUGUGUCUAAUAAAUUGUACAUUUAUUUUUACAUUGUGGUGCCUUUGGAUAUAUUUUUUGAGAAUAUUUGUAGGAAAUGUAUAUACUUUAGAGCCACAAUAAUUUUUCAACCAACCAAAAAAAUAAAUUGAAAUGAAUUA